UUCCCGGAAAAUUAACUCGCCGCGCAACUCCCAGAAAAUGUCGAUCCACCGCGUCUUCCUUCAUCCCCAUUCUCUGCGGCGGCCGGAAUUAGAUACCUGAGAAUCGCCGCCGUUCCGCCGCCGCGAUCCCAUGGCGGUCGUGAUCGAAACCACCGCCUGGGAGCCGAACCCCUCCCUCUUCGUCUUCAUCUUCCUCGCCUGCUUGCUCUCCGUCUUCCUCCUCCCCUACGCCGCCAGAAGCGCGCCGCCCCCUUCCGCCUUCGACCACGGGGCCCCGCUCUCCUCCUCCUCGCGGUUCCAGCGGAGCUUCCUCCUCCUCUACUCCCUCUGCUCAGUGAUGGAAGGGCUGUCGUCGGUGUUCGGGGAGUUCGAGUUCAGUUACUUUGGCGUGAGCAGGGAGCGGAUGGUUUUGUCCCUUUGCGUUGGGUUCGCGGGCUCUCUCGUCGUUGGAUCUUUCCUCGGAGUGCUUUCUGAUGCAAUAGGCCACAGGAAAUUCUGUUUAUUCUUUUGCAUCUUGCACCUUUUUGUUGGCGUAUGGAAGACGAUAACUGCCCAUCCCAGUGUUUGGGUAGCAAGUAUAUGCUUGUCUCUGGCUUCUUCAAUAUACUCUUUCAGUUUUGAGACAUGGAUGGUCGUUGAACAUGAAAAGCAAGGGCACAGAGAAGAUUUAUUGAGCGACACCUUUUGGUUAAUGGCGUUCUUGGGGUCUGCAUCUUUCAUUGGAAGCCAGGUGCUUGCCAAUUGGCUGAUUGGUGACAACUUGAAAAAGAGAAUGACUUCUCCUUCGAUGGCAGCUGUCUUCUUGGCUUUGGUGGGCGUUAUUUGUGUUGCACGGCUGUGGAGAGAAUCUUCUCGAACGGAGGUAUUUGAGGAUCAUGGCAGGUCCUAUUUUUCCGAUGAUAGAAGAGUAUGGUUAUUGGCAUGUGCACAAGCUAGCCUUCACUUCUCUGUAUCAAUGUUUUGGAUUCUCUGGACCCCCAUGUUGGUGGCUGAUGGCAGAGAACUGCAUCUGGGCUUGAUAUAUCCGUGUCUUUUGGGAGCAAGAAUGCUCGGAAGCACAAUUUUUCCUUGGCUCAUAAGUGGAUCUUUGUCAUUUCGAACUGAAGAUUGCAUUCUUUAUGCAUUCAUCAUAUCAGGUUGUGUGCUAUCUGUUGUAGCCUAUGACUAUCAGGAAAUUGGAGUUCUAGUGACAUUAUUCUGCUUAUUUCAGGCAUGUGUAGGCGUAAUCCUACCUUCUCUUGCCAGAUUGAGGACCAUGUAUGUGCCAAAUGGCUUGCGAGGAGGAAUGAUAAGCUUUUCUCUUGCUCCUGCGAAUGCUGCAGUUUUGCUAUUUUUGGUGCAAGGAGGCUACUAUCGCAGUAUCAGUAACGCAGCAAUUAUGGCAUUUGCUGCCAUUGGGCUUUUUGCGGCAGCUGGUUGCAUGCAUGUCUUGAAGCGGUUAGGGAAGCAACCAUACCAGCACUUGCGCAAGUUGUGAGUUCAUCACUCGUUUGCCUAUGUCUGGAUCGCUUUGAUGUGAAUGGCUCAUCAGUGGGACGGAGGAAGGAUAAGGAUUGGUUCCAAUUGCGUAUAAAAUGUAGUGACAGCAUGCAAGGGGGUCGAAUGAUUGGCAAAAGGUGUUGGUCAAAUUCUACCGCCCUUACCCCAAGCAGAGGACAGAAAUUAGUUCAUUGCAAAGAAGAUGCUAUCAACAGCGACUAUCAGUUGCGGAGUCUGUUUGAACCCUAUGGAAAUCAAGAUAUGAAAGCAAAUCAAUGCCAAUUCAUCAAAAGCCAUAUGAGAGAAGGCAAUGAUCCAUUAGGUCAUCAUCUGGGGAAUGAGGACCUCUUGCUAGCUGUGGAAUUUUUGUCUGGCAACUAUUUUGAUGUUGCGAGAUUUGAGUGACUGCAUUCCAUAUUUUUUAUCGUCUGAGACUCUGGAGAUCAAUUUUUGCCUAGGUCUCAAUAAGGAAAUCAUAAGCUUUAGGGGGAUUCUCAUUUUUCCUUUUAAUUCAAGAGUGGAGAUUUUACAUUAA